AUGAAACGGGCAGAAUUUCCGCUGGAGCAACGGCGAGGCCUCUACCGGGCCAUCUACGAGAGGCGGGACAUCCGGUUGUUCCGCGACGAUCCGGUGCCACCUGAGACGCUGGCCCGCAUCGUCAGGGCCGCCCACCAUGGACCGUCGGUGGGUUUCAUGCAACCCUGGGACUUCAUUAUGGUGAGCGAUGUCGAGACUCGGGGCCGGGUCAAGGAUCUUUUCGUGAGAGAGCGUCAGGCUGCCGCCCAGUUCUUCGACGACGCCCGACGCGACCAGUACCUUUCGCUUAAAUUGGAAGGAAUCCUGGAGGCUCCGGUAAAUCUGUGCAUAACCUGUGAUCCCGUCAGGGGUGAGGAGGUGCUGGGGCGCAACUCAAUGCCGGAAACUGAUGUCUAUUCCACCUGCUGCGCUGUGGAGAACCUGUGGCUGGCGGCGAGGGCCGAGGGGGUUGGUGUGGGCUGGGUCAGCAUCCUGAAGCUUCCGCAACUCCGCCGGAUACUGGGCAUACCGCCCCAUGUCGUCCCGGUGGCCUACUUGUGCCUGGGUUAUCCCGUGGAGUUUCCCGCCGCGCCGGUGCUCCAGUCCACUGGCUGGCGCGACCGCCUGCCGCUGGAUGAACUGGUGCAUUACGAUGGCUGGGGGAAGCAGCCCGCGCAAGGCUACUGGGAGGAAGUGCAGGAGGCCCUUGGCGCCGAUGUCGACCCGUGCAACGGCGAUUAG